GGUUAAAUAGGUCACCUCCACAUUUGUCUCCCUCGAGCAGAGGGACCCACAUGCAGAGACCCUCUCCUGGGCUCCAGGCACCAUGACUCCACUGAAGAUGCUGCUCCUGGUCACCCUCCUCCUGGGGAGUUCUCUGCAGGACACCCAUGCAGCUCGGGCAACCAACGUAGGCCGGGAGUGCUGCCGACAGUACUUUGAAGGAGUCAUUCCUAUCAGAAAGUUGGUGACGUGGUACAAGACCUCAGAGGACUGUACCAAGGAAGCCAUCGUGUUUGUCACUGUCCGGGGCAAGAAUAUCUGUGCAGACCCCAAGAACAUGAAGGUGAAGAAGGCAGUCAAGUACUUGCAAAGAAUUGCACCAGUGUCCUGAUUUCUCCCUGGAUGAUUUGGAAACUUCCGGUGGCCUCGGUGUUCGCUACCCCACCCCCCAGCUGCUUGGGUCCCGUGGAGGCCACCCCUAAGAGGACAAGGAUGACGUUCGUCUCCUUUUCUGAACUGGAACCGUGGCACGAAAGGGUGCAGAAUAAAGUCUCUCUCCCUCAGUC